AUGUGCGGAACCACCCACCGUCCCGCCUCCAACGGCCGCAUCGCAGUCAUGUUCCCCUCCCCCUCAACCAAGAGCAUGAACACGUACUCGCUCUUCUUCCACGAGGGUCAUGGCCAGACCCGGUCCCAUACGCGAGCGGUCUUCCGGCUCGAAGAUCCCAGCACGAGAGCUGCAUUCGGGAAGUGCGAGAGUAUCGAUUUGAGGAUUGAGCGGUAUGGGGACCUGACGUCUGAGUUGACUGCGCCGCCGCUGCAUCGGUUCCGGCUACGGCCUAAAUCGGUGCAAAAGGGGAUGGAGAUGGAGUUUGUGCUGCCCGAGAGGUUGGACCUUGGGGUUUCGGAGAGGGGGAUUGUAGGGAGGCAGGUUACUGUUGUUGCCGAGGGAGGGAGCAGCGAGGUGCUGGGAAUGGGGAUGGGGAUUGUUGGGUAUGAUUAG